CUGUUGACGAGAGGGGAGAAACGUUCCGUAAGCAAAACUUCCCUAGAUAUCUCUAUCUCUUUGUGUCUGUUUUGAGAUCGGAGAGCCAGCUUUGGUGGCAGAUGCUAUGGAACGUUCCGUACCAAAAUAGUGUUCUUCGUUAGCUCUUCAGUCGGGCUUCCGAGCGCACGCUGCAGUAAAAGUUGCUGCUGCGGCACGAAUGAACAGGACGGCGACACGUCCUUACAACGAACGAGACAAAAUGCAUCGGAGCAGCAAGCGGGAUUUCGACUACGAUCGCUACCGUGACAGGAGUCGCGAGCCGGACCGAAGUCGUGAUCGACGUAGCCGAUCCAGAGACAGAGGCUACAGUAAAUACCACCGGGAUCGCUCUCCGUACGCGAGAGGCAAUGGACGUCGCGAUCGAAGAGACAGUCGCAGUAAGGACCGCGGCCGGAACUAUCGUAACGAACGCUCCGAGAGAGACCGGAGCCGGGACGGCCGGCGUAACGACCGGGACUCCGGAAAACGUCUCAUGGAGAAGCGGUCCCGAUCCCGGGAGCGUCCGAGAGACGCUAAGGGUACUCCUCGGUCUCGGUCCCGGUCGCCAGCGGAGCGCAAGUCCGAGAAUCUGGCGUCUUUCUGCGACUGGCGACAACACAUUUCGUCGUCCGGAAAAACGUUUUACUACAACAGUGUGACAGAGGUUUCUCAGUGGGAGAAGCCCAAAGAAUGGCUCGAAUGGGAGAAACAAAAAGAAGCAAAGGAAAAUACUCCCCCUCCGCAAAUCGUCAAAGUUGUAGAAGACGCUUCUCCAGUAUCGGAAGAUUCUCCAAUAUCAUCAAGUGACGAAGAAGACGAAGGCCAAACACCCGAAACCCGCGAUCCCGAGGAAACCACGAUUCCUGAAACGAGUCCUCAGAAACCACAAUUCCUACCCGGUUCGAUCCCGUCCCGAGAACAGGUUCUACAAGAUACUUCCCCGUUAUCGGACGACGAGACAGGUGACGACGACGACGAAAACCGGAGUCCGAGCCCCACCUCGUCUCAGGCUGACCAAACCCCUCCCCGUCCAGACAGCAAAGCAGGGCAAGCGUCAACCUCGCAGACUACUACACUCCUGCCCCCUCCGGUGAAACCGAUGACUCUGUCUCCUUCACUCGCUGCGUACUACAAUGAGGUUCUCAUCGCUCAUAUGACCCAAUGGCAGGCAGACCACAUCGAACGACAGGCGGAGAGGCUCCAGAAAGAGCUCUUCACCAUCGGUAAUGUUCAAUCGUCGUCGAUCUCCGCGGAUUUGAAGAUGGCUAGAAGCAUGGUGAGACUGGCGGAAAUCCAGGCGACUCUACAGGAACAGAGAGCAUUGUUUUUGCAGCAGCAGAUCGCUCAGCUCGAAGACAAAGCCUUCGUCACAUCUCAGUCCAGUAAUGGAGCAUGACAUUCCUCUCACGAGUAUCUUUACGGAUGACGACGAAAGUGAACAACUCAACGACGAUGAUAUACACCU